AUGGCUGAUCCAUUCAUCGAUCUCUCCCAAUUCGCAGCUUCGUCGCCCCCUCCCGCUUCUGCUGCUCCCCUACCGCAUCCUCAUGGCCGUGGCAUAGUAGACCCAACAGUCACGCCCCCACCUCAACUUCACAUCAACACUGUAGCUCAAGAUGCCCUUGUGGACGGCAUCAAGCAUGCCUUGUAUCGUCAAGGCCGUACGGCAGUCUUCACCUGUGGUGGACGCAUACCAAUGGUUCUGGACCCGGAUCAUCGUACCGAUGAAGGCGACCUCACACCUCGCACUGAUGCUCUCAUGCAGGAGCAGCGAAUCCUGACCAUGCCGGUGACGUUGCGCUGGGGCGAUGAGAUGGCUGGCAGGCGGGUCGAGCUUCCCAUUCUUGGCGACGGUGGCGAAGAUGGGGGCACCAGUCAAGCAAUAAUCGAGCAGCUCGCUCGUGCCUGUACACCUGCUACUUUCGGCGGGGACGGCGAAGAUGUCUUUGACGAGGAGUAUCGUCGCGCGGGUGCCUUGGCGGUGGGUGAAUUCAUGACGGACUUCUGUCCUUACAAAGCUGGGAUCGUGGAUCUGGUCACGCAAAUGCUUGUUCCGCCUAUCGCUGAACACCAUGGACCGUCUCCGCCGCAGAUCGAGUAUGGUGAGAUCGAAGAUGGUCUGACCUGGGACCAGCGUCGGGAGAAGAAGAGGAUGAUGUUCCGGGGGGUGAGAGCGGAGCUGUAUAAGCUUAACGUUUACAGUGGUCCCUCUGGACACUUCAAAGCUCAUGUCGAUACUCCUCGGAACGAAACUCAAGUCGGAAGUCUGGUCGUUUGUCUUCCUAUCCAAUUCACCGGCGGCGCCCUAGCAGUUCGACACGCGGGUCAAGAGAUUAUCCAUGACUGGGCACUGAAUCUGGCGGAGCCUGCUAUCCAAUGGGCGGCUUUCUACAGCGAUUGCCAGCAUGAAGUUCUGCAAGUCACCGCCGGUCACCGCAUCAUUCUUACCUACAACCUCUACCUCUCACCCGGUACUGGGCGUCUCUGUGAUCGUGCCCUGAGUCUUCAGCCCCAAGGACUGCCUAUCUAUGAGCUGCUGAAGAGGAUUCUGAUAUCGCGGGACUUUAUGCCUAACGGUGGAUAUCUGGGUCUCUACCUCGUACAUGGCUACCCACAUACCGAUCCCGUUCAGCACAAAUUCGUACCCAACAUGCUUAAAGGAGCGGACUUGGGAGUUUUUGAGGCUGUAAAGGUGGCGGGGCUGAUCGGCGUGCUGGUGCAGUGUCAGAACGGAAGUUUCCUACCUGCUCUCGAGGAAUUAGAUACGAUGUAUGCGCGGCAUGUUCGUAAACAGUCUCGUCCGCAGCGUUGUGAUGUAGAUCCGGUUAGGAGAGACGUGACUACUGUGGCCAACCUCCUCACAGCCGCAGAGAUCGAAGCGGGUAGUAUGGAAGACGAAGACGGCUUUGGGGGCGGUGACGACGACAUGGGUGAUGACGACCGGAGGGAGGAAUUCGAGCGGAUCCUGGGAGAAGAAGGGGGAGGAGGGGAGGAGUAUCUUCAGGAGCGCCAUAGGGACUUUAUCAAGGAGUAUUAUGCUGAGAAGGAGGUCGUCUGGGUGGGAGGUGGAGGAGAGCGGCAGGUAAGUAAGGUUUGGGUUGCGUAUGGCAAUCAGGCGAUGUUGGCGGUCAAGUAUUCGUAUGUUUCUCUGAUUGUCAAGGUACCUUCGUGGUGGGAAAGGGGUAUGUGA